UAAAUAAAUAGAUUUAUUUUAUCCUCUCAAAAAUCAACAAACGGAACUGCUUUCUCUCUCUGUACUGUUUUCUCAUUCAACUUCCCAUACAUUUCUCUUUCAAAGCUUUUACUUCUUCUUCUCAGUUUUCGCCGCAUAACAUUCUCACACUCAAAACUCUCCUCUUCCGUCCCAUUCCCAUUCACAUUCCACAAACAAUCUCCAUUGAUCAAUCAUUCGAACUCGAAACUCCUCGAAUUCACUCGGCUUGAUCCAGUUGCACACGUCGAAAGAUCCGGAAGAGCACAUAUAUAUACUAGGAGAUGGACCAGGUGAGAGGGGCCGUGCCUGAGAUCGAGAGGAGGCCAAAGACAAAGAUCGUGUGCACUCUGGGCCCCGUCUCAAGGUCCAUCCCGAUGAUCGAGAAGCUCCUGAAGGCGGGCAUGAAUGUGGCGCGCUUCAACUUCUCCCACGGGUCCCAUGAGUACCACCAGGAGACCCUAAACAAUCUCCGGCAGGCCAUGGAGAACACCGGCAUCCUCUGUGCCGUCAUGCUCGAUACCAAGGGUCCGGAAAUUCGAACUGGGUUCCUGAAAGACGGGAAGCCUAUCCAACUCAAUCAGGGCCAAGAAAUCACCAUCUCGACUGACUACAGCAUAAAGGGAGACGAGAACACGAUAAGCAUGAGUUACAAGAGGUUGCCCGAGGAUGUGAAGCCAGGAAGUGCCAUCCUCUGCGCUGACGGGACGAUCUCCCUCACGGUUCUGUCCUGUGACGCGAAGGCGGGGAUGGUUCAGUGCCGGUGUGAGAACAGCGCGCUUCUUGGCGAGAGGAAGAACGUCAACCUCCCCGGCGUUAUAGUCGACCUCCCGACCCUGACAGACAAGGACAAGGAGGACAUUCUGCAGUGGGGAGUCCCUAACAAGAUAGACAUGAUCGCUCUCUCGUUUGUCAGGAAAGGUUCCGAUCUCGUAGAGGUCCGGAAUGUGCUCGGCAAGCACUCGGAGGACAUCCUUCUUAUGUCGAAGGUCGAGAAUCAAGAGGGAGUGGCCAACUUCGAUGAUAUCCUCGCAAACACGGAUGCAUUCAUGGUGGCCCGAGGUGACCUCGGGAUGGAGAUCCCCAUCGAAAAGAUAUUCCUGGCCCAGAAGGUGAUGAUCUGCAAGUGCAACAUCCGGGGGAAGCCCGUGGUGACUGCAACCCAGAUGUUAGAAUCGAUGAUCAAAUCUCCCCGUCCAACCCGGGCCGAAGCCACUGAUGUGGCCAAUGCAGUUCUCGACGGAACAGACUGUGUGAUGCUGAGUGGUGAGACAGCUGCUGGAGCCUACCCGGAGCUUGCCGUUAGGACGAUGGCUCGAAUUUGUGUGGAGGCAGAGAGCACAGUCGACUACGGGAUUGUGUUCAAGAGGAUAAUGCAGCACUCGCCUGUGCCCAUGAGCCCUCUUGAAAGCCUGGCCUCUUCGGCUGUCCGAACUGCCAACUCUGCGAAAGCCACCCUCAUCCUGGUCCUCACGAGGGGCGGGACCACUGCAAAGCUCGUCGCAAAGUACAGGCCAGAGAUGCCAAUACUAUCCGUGGUCGUUCCCGAGAUCAAGACAGAUUCCUUUGAUUGGUCCCUCAGUGGCGUGUCUCCGGCCAAACACAGCCUCAUUGUCCGGGGACUGGUUCCUGUCUUGUGCGGGGGGUCUUCAAGGGCUUCAAAUGAAGAAACUACAGAGCAAGCUCUCGAGUUCGCCACUCAAUAUGCUAAGACUAAGGGGCUCUGCAAAUCCGGGGAUGCUGUCGUGGCUCUGCAUCGGGUCGGGAUGGCAUCGGUGAUCAAAAUCGUGACAGUUAAGUGACAUUCAGCUUCCAAGUGCUGCCUUCUAAUGUCUCUUCCCGGAAAACCCGCCGCACACAUGUUUUUACGGAGAAAUGCAUAUUACCUAUAGAUGAUACUACUCUUUAAGUCAUUAUGUUUUGCUAUUACAAGAACCAUUAUAUGCUUCCCGUUUUAACAGGAACUGUCCUAUUCCUAGUGUUAAAUUCUGGCAUCGGAACUCGGUGCUAGUCCUUUUCUCA